AUGACGCAUUCACUUCAUGUCUCUGUUUGAAGUUCAUUUCUUUUUAAAGUUCAUUUACUAACACAGAUUAACAUAUUUACUACAAACAAAUAGACAGAACCAAUGCAUUAGAUUUCAUGUUCAGUUUUAAAACAAAGGCGGCUGUCCAUAGCAUUUCGUCUUUGACUAGUAUACAAAACUGAAGGGGACAGAGAAGCGCGUGAUUAAGCGCUGGCCUUUGUUAUAUAAACUACGUUUACUUCUUCAGCCACAAUUGACUCAGAGAGAGGCUUAGGGAAGUGAGAGAGAGCUUUGAUUUAACAUUUGAGGAGAUGGACCCGAGGACACCGUUUCUUGCGAACGGCGGCGAGGCAGAGGAGGAUUACGCGCCGGCUAGGACUUGGAGCGAUGUGAAGCGAGUUUUGUCUACCGAGUCGGGGAAGUUGUGGAUGUUUGCUAGUAUGGUUGCUUUCGACGCCAUCUGCCAGUUCGGUGUUAGCUUCAUGACCAUUGUCUUCGUCGGACACAUCGGCGAGAUCGAGCUCUCCGCCGUCUCCAUCUCCCUCUCCGUCAUUGGGAUCUUCUCCUUCGGCUUCCUGCUUGGCAUGAGUAGUGCACUUGAAACGCUCUGUAGCCAAGCAUUUGGAGCUGGUGAAGUCAAUAAGUUAGGCAUUUACAUGCAGAGAGCCUGGAUUAUCUCAUUAGUUUCCUGCCUAGUCUUCCUCCCUAUAUACAUCUUUGCCACACCGGUUCUGAGACUUCUUGGUGAAUCAGAGGAAGUUGCGGUUUCAGCUGGAGAAUUCACUCUUCUAACUAUCCCUCAGCUCUUCUCACUGGCCUUCACUUUCCCUACCACUAAGUUCCUUAUAGCGCAGGGAAAAGUAGUCGUCAUGACUUCUAUUGGGUUUAGUGCCCUUUUACUACACGUCUUUAUGCUAUGGCUGUUUAUAAUAGUCUUUGGUUGGGGAACAAAUGGUGCCGCCUUGGCGUUUAAUAUCACCAACUGGGGAACAGCAAUCUCUCUAAUCGUCUAUGUUGUUGGUUGGUGUAACGAAGGCUGGUCUGGUUUAUCUUGGUUGGCUUUUAGAGAUAUUGGGGCUUUCGUUAGACUAUCCAUUGAAUCCGCUGUUAUGAUUUGUCUUGAAUUAUGGUAUAUGAUGAGUAUCAUCGUCCUUUCUGGUCGCCUUGACAACGAUGUUAUAGCUGUUGAUUCCCUUUCCAUAUGCUUGAAUGUCAACAAUGUGGAGCUCAUGUUGUUCGUUGGAGUAAACAUUGCUAUAAGUAUGAUUGUCGGAACUGAGCUUGGCAAGGGCCGUCCACGAGCAGCGAAAUACUCUGUCUAUGUUGCACUGUUCGAGUCUCUCAUCAUCGGUCUUGUCUUUAUGGUGGCUGUCAUCAUAGCCAGAGACCAUUUUGCCAUCAUGUUUACAAAUAGCCAAGUACUUCAGCGUGCUGUGUCUAAGCUAGCUUAUCUUCUUGGUAUAACCAUGGUUCUCAACGGCGUGCAGCAAGUUCUUACCGGUGUGGCUAUUGGAGGUGGUUGGCAACGCACAGUGGCUUAUAUCAACGUGGCUUGUUACUUCAUUUUCGGCAUUCCCUUUGGCUAUUUUCUUGGUUACGGAGCAAACUUGGGAGUGAUGGGGCUUUGGAGUGGAAUGAUAGCAGGAUCAGCGCUUCAAACGCUAUGCCUGAUGUUUUUGGUGUACAAGAUAGAUUGGAAUAGAGAGGUGGAGGAGACCACAGAACGCCUGCAGAGAUGGGGAGGGAAUGGAACAACAACAAAGGAUGUAAUUGCAUGAUUUUGGUCUUUAAUCUUCACACGAAUUCACUAUUUAAGCAACCCUGUACUAAAUAAUGAAUUCAUAACUUGUACUUCCCACGUAAAUGCUUAAGAAAUCGUUUUAUUUCCAUGUUAUGGUAGUAGAGAAUAACUGAAUAAAUAUAUAUAAGUAAUUUCGUAAUGUGAAUUUCUACAAAUAGUCAGGAUGGCCGAGUGGUCUAAGGCGCCAGACUCAAGUUCUGGUCUUCGAGAGAGGGCGUGGGUUCAAAUCCCACUUCUGACAAACUUUUUUUAAUAGUUUGCAUUUUUUUUCGUGUCUUCAGUUUCUUUCUUUUUCAAUAAUCCCCUACCUUCUUAGUUAGAUGUUGAGGGGAUGCAGCGAUUCUGAUUUCGUAUUAAUUAAUGGAGUAAUCAGCCGUAAAGUAUUGAUGUCAUAGCCUGUUAUUUCUCUAGCUUUGAUUUUAUGUAAUAAGUAAGCUCUACGUUUGCUCAAAAAAAAAAGUAAGCUCUACGUAACUUGCAAAACAAGUUUUAUCAUUGUUGGUGUCUGUUAUGCUUAGCUGAAUGUUUUUUCUAGAACUACUAGACUCAGCACAAGGAUGAAUGCAUAUGCUCUAACAGCCGCCAGCUUAGAACGGAAAGGAUUCCACACCCUGUGUUCAGUCUUAGUACCAUCUUCAUUCCACCAAUUAAGAUGCAGUUAUAUAGUAUAGGAGCUUAUACAAGUGGUUCGAGUGCACACAAACAACAGUUUAGAGAUAUAAUAUGGAUCACGCGGUGGUGUGAAAGAAAGUUGAGCAAGUCGCUAGGAAAGGGAAGAAGAAACGUGAUGAAAGAUGAACUUUGAAUUGUAUGCAAAACAAAUGGUUUGACACAGAGUAACUGGAUACAGAUGAGUAAAUUCUAGACCAGUGAACCUCAGUGUCAGACGGCUUUGUUUUCCCUGAUUGGAGGUUGCAUCUUCAUCUUUGUUCUCUCUCUACUUGGCAGUGUUUAAGCAACCCCCCCACCCUUUUGAGCCAAGUGCCUUGCAUUCUCAAGUUCCCAUUGCCUGAAUUGUUUGAGGUGACAUUCGAAAGGAAGCCAUACUGACAAGCUCGUAACACUUGGACUGGUUCAGACAAAUGAAAGGUUCAGUUUCCUGUUUAGCUUUAAUAAGUUGUUCUUCUUUAAUAUUCCAAAAGAGCUGCAGGUGGGGGUUGCCUCCUGUGGUGUUCGAGGAUCAGAGAUUUGACACGCACGAGACUUCUCUAGAAGAUAGAAGAAGCUCCAGAUAUUCUUCCUUUGCUGAUUUCAGUAAAUUUAACCAAAGCAUGUUAAACAAUCAGUGAAUAUAUAGACAGAUAUGCUCACUAUUAUGAGUAGAUUUUUGCUAACCUUGACUCACAGUUCCUGCAUUACCAAAGGCUUCAAGUUAGUAGUUUAAGGUGCUUAUAAAAUAAGUGAGAUCACGGAGACAGAAAGCUCAUUACUUCAAGAACUUGUUGCAAUACAAUGUUACGUGUGUGGCAGCAAACCCACACGUAUUAUGGUGAUACAAGCCUUUAGAAACAGGAGUGAACCAAACUCUAAACCCUAAACUAGAAGAAGAAAUCAACACCAGGCAUUUCUAAAACUCUGGUGUCGUUUAACUGCUAAACACAAAAGAUGAGAAAAAAAAAAAAAAAA